GAAGGAUAGCCAGCCUAUUUUAACAAUGCUCACAGAAAAGUGCUUGGGAUUUGUUUAUUCUGGGCUAUGUCUGUGGGCAUCCUUGUUCCUGUCUUUGUUAAAAGUGUCUCAGCAGGGUGAAAGCCAGAGACGGUUGUACAGAGAACUGCUGAGAAACUACAAUCGUCUUGAACGACCAGUAGCAAAUGAUUCCCAACCCCUUGUAGUCGAGCUCCAGCUUUCUUUGCUGCAGAUAAUUGAUGUGGAUGAGAAGAAUCAGGUGUUGAUCACAAAUGCUUGGCUGCAGAUGUACUGGGUUGAUGUUUACUUGUCUUGGGAUCAGUAUGAAUACCCAGGGGUGCAGAACUUGCGAUUUCCAGCUGACCAGAUCUGGGUACCAGACAUUCUUCUGUAUAACAGUGCGGAUGAAAGAUUUGAUGCAACAUUUCACACAAAUGUGCUGGUGAAUUACUCUGGAUCCUGCCAAUAUAUUCCUCCAGGCAUUUUGAAGAGCACGUGUUACAUUGAUGUCCGCUGGUUCCCCUUUGAUGUGCAGAAGUGUGAUUUGAAGUUUGGCUCCUGGACUCACAGUGGCUGGUUGAUUGACCUGCAGAUGCUUGAGGCUGAUAUGUCCAACUACAUCUCAAAUGGCGAAUGGGAUUUAGUGGGUGUCCCAGGAAAGAGGAAUGAGAUAUACUAUGAAUGCUGUAAGGAACCAUACCCAGACGUGACGUACACCAUCACCAUGCGCCGACGCACCCUCUACUACGGUUUGAACCUACUCAUUCCUUGUGUUCUCAUAUCUGGCUUGGCACUGCUUGUUUUCCUUUUGCCAGCUGAUUCAGGGGAGAAGAUUUCUUUAGGUAUCACUGUCCUGCUUUCCCUGACUGUAUUCAUGCUGCUGGUGGCUGAGAUCAUGCCUGCAACUUCUGACUCAGUCCCACUAAUAGCUCAGUAUUUUGCUAGCAUCAUGGUCAUCGUUGGUCUGUCUGUGGUGGUAACAGUGCUGGUUCUGCAGUUUCACCAUCAUGACCCACAAGCAGGAAAGAUGCCCAAAUGGGUCCGUGUCGUCCUGCUGAAUUGGUGUGCUUGGUUUUUACGCAUGAAAAAGCCUAGGCAAAAUAUAAAGCUCUUCUCUUGCAAAUACAGCUAUCCCAAGCACCAUCUGAGCAUAAACAGCAUGGAAAUGAAUGUGCUAUCUGGGCACCAGUCUGGCAAUGGCAACACGAUCUUUAGCUACCACAUGAUGGAAAACCCGUGCUGCCCCCAGAAGAAUGAUCUAGGUAGCAAGAGCGGAAAGUUUAGUUGCCCCUUGCCAGAAGAUAUUGAGUUUGUUCAAAAGAAAGCUUUAAUGGAUACUAUCCCGGUGUUUGUGAAGAUCCUGGAGGAAGUUCAGUUCAUAGCAAUGCGCUUCAGAAGACAAGAUGAGGGUGAAGAGAUCUGCAGUGAGUGGAAGUUUGCAGCUGCAGUCAUAGAUAGAUUAUGCCUGGUUGCAUUUACCCUUUUUGCUAUCAUUUGCACAUUCACAAUACUCAUGUCUGCUCCAAAUUUUAUAGAAGCUGUUUCCAAGGAUUUUGCAUAA